AUGACAGAUGAGUUAUGCGGAAAUUCCAGCUGGCGGAAGGAACUUCCAGCAGGUGCGGUUAGCCAUAGCGAUGUGAGCAUCUGGGAUGUCCUAAAACAAGCUGUUGGGAAAGUAUUCCUUUUAUUUCCUAAAGAUGUUGAAUUCUGUAUCAUAUUAAUUAAAUAUAUUUUUUGGCAUGAGUUUUCUCUAUGGACUAUGUUACCCUUAAAUCUAGUAAAAAUUUUUUUUUCGGAUUUAACGCGGAUCACAAUACCAAUUGUAUAUUGUGAACCUUUGAGCUUCCUACAACGUUUGGCUGAAUACCUGGAGUAUUCAAGUUUAUUGAAGCUAGCUAACCAAAGUAGCGACAGCUUAUCACGUUUAAAGUAUGUCACCGCCUUCGCUGUAUCCACUUUAUCAUCUAACCAUAAGCGGAUGGCAAAACCUUUUAAUCCAUUGUUAUUUGAAACUUAUGAGUUAGACAGAAGUCAACAUGAAGGGUACCGUUUUAUUGCUGAGCAAGUAAGCCAUCAUCCUCCCGUUUCCGCUUUUCAUAGUGAAGGAGCUCACUUUGAAUUCUCCGGCACUGUUUCUCCGCGUCUCAGAUUUUGGGGUGUAUCAAUUGAGGUGAAAACAGGAGGCAGUUUCUUUUUGAGACUGAGGAGUCACAAUGAGGUGUAUACCUGGGAUUCAGUCAAUUGCGUCAUCCAUAAUAUUGUCCUUGGUGAGCUGCAUAUGACUUUGGAUGGUGUUUUGCACAUCCGUUCCUCAUCUGGUCUGGAAACAAAAAUAAAACGGGAUCGCGCUUGGUCUAAGCUUACUCUAAAAAGAAAUAGAUUGAUCGAAAAGUUCAUAGAAGAGAAUCACUACUCUUAUCAAAAAUCUCUUUCGCCUCAUGGAGAAGUAAAAACACCAAGUACGAAUAUUAACAGCCGUCAAAAUAUACUGGAAGCUGACCUGAACUGCAAAUUUUUUGCGGAAACAAAAGAGCAGCAGAAAUAUAUCUGUUGUUUUGCGAAUAAUGACGGCAGCUUAAUUGAGGGCUCAAAUAUUCUUUGGAAAGCGCAACCUCGUCCAGCCAACUCCACAGAGAUGUAUAACUUUACAAACUUUACUUUGCUUUUAAAUGACCCGGCAUUCAUAACCAAUGAAUUACCUGCUACCGACUCUCGUCUGAGGCCUGACAUACGUUUAUUAGAACAAAAGAAGAUCGUCAACUGUUUUUUUUUAUUAUUCUUGAAUUCUCACUUUUCGACAUGUGCUUUUUCAGACGAAGCAGCUGCUGAAAAAGGAAGGUUGGAAGUAAAACAAAGGGAGGCUAAAGCAAAUUGUGAAAAAAAUAAUUUGGAGAAAGCACCUAAGUUUGUUUAUUGUUUCGACCUUCUGAUUGUUAUCUAUAUGAGCCUUUCCCUCAGAAGCCGCACACUGUUUUUAAUUGGGCUCUUAGAUUUUUCUCAAUCUUUUGCUAGCUUCUUAACGAGUUGGUAUUUGAUUGUGAAAUCAGAGGAAGCGUUUUAAAA